AUGACCUCCAUGUCCUCCAUGGGGUCGCAGAGCAACAAAGAUCGAUCGAAGACGGCGUCAUCUGCGACAGUCACGAGAUUGUUUCAGAAAUCUUUGAGAGACUUGAUCACGGGUGCGUCGUUUUUAUCUCGUGUCGUAAAAUUGAAUUCUCUUUUGCCCGCGUCUGCUGCGGCUCCCAAAAUUAAAUUGAAUUGCGCAAAACGACGAUCCUUCUUCUCCUUCUUAUGUGUUUUGUCGAGACCCAAUGGCAUCAUCACACUCGCUCAAACUUUCUACGAUCGAGAACAUCAAAGCGUUAUUAUUAAUCCUUUUUUCUCUUCUAUUCAUCAAACAGGCAUUCGAAGUCACAAAGACAAUCAAAAGGAUUUCAUGAACAAGUCUUUGCAAGACAUUCGCGCCGAAGUGGUCUCGUCGGACAUUCGAACGAAAUCAAUCGCUAUUGAAAAGGCGACGUAUUUGCACUCUUUAGGAUUUAACAUGAACUGGGCGUCGUUUCACGUCGUCGAGUUAAUGUCCACGGCGAACGUGAAAUAUAAAAGAGUCGGGUAUUUAGCCGCCUGUCAAUCUUUCGGGGACGAUACCGAUGUCGUGUUGUUAAUUCCCAAUUUGUUGAAGAAGGAUCUGGCGAGUCCGAAUCCGGCGGAGGCGGCGUUGGCGAUUUCGUGCUUGGCGAAUAUUGUCACGCCAGAAUUGUCGCAAACGUUAGUCGCAGAUGUGUAUUCGUUAUUGAACAACCACAAACCGGAUUUACGACGCCGAGCGUGCUUGUGUCUCUACAAGUGCUUCUUGCGAUACCCGGAAGCUUUGAGACCGUCCUUCGCGAGACUGACAGAAUGUUUAGAAGAUGACGAUCAAACUGUCGUCCAAGCCGCGGUGACGGUAUUAUCAGAACUUGCCAUGCACAACCCGAAAACAUACUUGCCGCUCGCACCGAAGUUUUACAAAUUAUUGACGACCUCGUCCUCGAACUGGAUGACGAUUAAAUUGGUUAAAGUAUUCGGCGCUUUGACGCCUUUGGAGCCGCGAUUGGGAAAGAAACUCGUCGGUCCGUUGUCGGAAAUUUUGGAAACCACGAGCGCUAAAUCGCUCAUGUACGAAUGCAUUCGAACGGUUGUCCAAGGCAUGACUUCUCAAGAGAAGAUUGUUCGACAAGCGGUGGAUAAAUUGAAAGACAUGCUCGAAGAUACCGAUCCGAAUAUUAAGUUUCUCGCGUUGCACGCGUUGACCUUCUUGCUCGAUUCGCACCCGAGAAUUGUCGCCGAACAUAAGGGGAACAUCUUUGGCUGUCUCGACCACGAAGAUUCGAACAUUCAAUACUGCGCGUUGAAAAUCGUCCGAGGUUUGGUGACGAAGAAGACGUUGAUGGAUACCACCGCUCAUUUGAUGGGCGCCAUGGGAAGAGCCGAUAAGAAAUUCCGAGAUGAAUUGGUAUGGUCUGUGAUUCACAUUUGCAUGAGCGAUAGGUACGCUUUAGUCACUGACUUUGUUUGGUAUUUAUCCGUGUUGGCUGAUUUGAUUCGCGUCCCGUCCUCUUCGCACGGGAAACUUGUCGGCGAUCAAAUCAUCGACGUGUGCUUGCGCGUGGAAGUCAUUCGAGAAUCCGCCGUCGGUAUCUUGUCUCCGAUUUUGAUCGACCCGACUCUUUUAGAAAUGUCGAGCGUUAAUAAAACGGUUCCGGAUGCGCUCAAAGCCAUUGCAUGGGUCGUUGGUGAGUACGCGCAUUAUCUCACGGACCACGCCGAGCUCGUGCAUGCGUUGACGCAACAACAAGUCACGCAGUUACCGGGUCCUGUCCAAAGCGUGUACAUUCACAGCGCGCUUAAAAUCUACUCGAGUGCAGUCAGCGAGCAUUUGCAAGCUACGCGAGGUUCGGAUGCGUCUAUUUUGGUUCCAGAAACCGAAGAUCUCGCGGAUAUUCGAGAUAUUAUCGGUGGCAAACGUUUGAUGCCUUUUAUGGUUUCCUUAAAUCUCGAAGUGCGAGAACGAAGUUGCCAAUUGAAAACUAUUCUCGAUGCGGUUCAAGACGCCGAAGACGAAGAAGCCGGAUCUGGUAUGGCCCUCGUCGAAGAAAUCGCAAAUGUCUUCGCGGAGGAAAUUCAGCCAGUUUCGACGAAAGCCCAGCGCAAACUCGGGGCGCCGGAGGAUCUCAACGUCAACGCGCCGUUGUCAACGGAGUGGGAUCACUUGCUCGAAUCGAGUGACUCGGAAUCCGACGACGAAUACUCGGGUAGAAAAGGCAAGAAAGGUAAGAAGAAGUCGAAAGGACCAAAGAAUGUUACCGAUUUGUUUACGGUUAAAAAAUCGAAAGAACAAAUUGCCAAGGAAGAAAAGGAGGCGCGCAAAAUGUUGGCCAACCAUAAGAAGAAAAUGGGCAACUAUUAUUUGGCUCCAGAAGAAGAAGCCGGCUCGGGUGGUCGCAAAUCCAAAAAGGACGGUAAGGCUGCCGCUGCGCUCACCGCGACUGACUCUGCGGCCAUGCAAGCGAUGCAAGCGCACUUGGCAGCGCAUAGCUUGGGCGGCCCGAUUUCUAGACCGUCCAUCAAGGGCGAAGACGAUAGCUCAGACGAAGACGAGGACUUUGAGGAAGGAGCGGCUUUGAAAAUUGGAGGAUACCAACCAACAAAUGCCGCCUCGAAGUUGCAUUCGAACUUAGUCGCUUACGAUCCACUCAAACCGAGCGAAGGCCGCGGCGAAGGCGAAAUGCCGACAAUUGAAGCGUACCCGAGAUUUGAUCCGUACGAGAGAGACGACGCGUUCAAUCCGUUUUCAGUUGGCGAUGGUAAAAAGAAAAAGAAGAAGAAGAAGAGCUCGAAGAAAGAUAAAGAUAGCGCAGCGGCGUUACCAAGUGGUGGCGAGAAGAAAGAAAAGAAAGAAAAGAAGGAGAAGAAGGAAAAGACGAAAGAAAAGGAUGGAGACGGCGAAAAGAAGAAAAAGAAGUCUUCCAAACCCGAUGACGACGGCGAAAAGAAAAAGAAGAAAAAGAAGAGUAAGGACUAG